CCGCCAUGUCGCACCCGCAGGCAGCCACCAUCGAGGAGUUCGACGAUGACACCGACUUCGCUCUGCCCACGGCGCCCGUCGCACGCAGCGCACCCGCCAUGCCGCAGAUGCCCGCCGGCAUGCCGGCCAUGACGCCCGAGCAGAUGGCGCAGCUGCAGGCCAUGAUGGGCGGCGCCGGCGGCGCAGGCGGCGCCAACCCCAUGGCCGCGCUUAUGGGCGGUGCCGGCGGCGCACAGCCGCCGCAGCAGGACGAGGCGGCCCUCGAGGCCGAGGCGGCGCGCGUGCAGGGCUGGACGACGCUCUACCCGCUCUACAUCGACGCCAAGCGCGCGUUCGGCAAGGGCCAGCGCCGCACGCCGUACGACAAGUCCGUCCUCUGGCCGCAGGCGCAGUGGAUGUUCCGCGAGCUGCGCAGCAUGGGCAUCGAGGCCAAGCUGCAGCCCAACAGGCAACAUCCGCAGGACUGGGAGAAUCCGGGACGCGUCAAGGUCAAGCUCACGGAUGAGAACGGCGAGGUGCUGCACAAGCAGUAUGCGAACAAGAAGGUCUUGCUUCUGGCGCUCUGCGAGCGACUGCAGCCCAAGUACGGCGGCAAGCCUCCGGCGCAGCCCGCACGUCAGGGCCGAGCUCCGAAGCAGGGCAAGAAGAAGGGCGCCGCGUCCAAGGCGGACAGCAAGGACAGCAAGGCCGUCGCCGUCGCCGGCUCUUCCUCCUCCUCUCCUGCCGCCCGCCCGCUGGAUCCACGCCAGCAGCGGCUGCGGCUCAUGCGCUUCCCUCCGCCCGCCGAGCGCCUGCCGCCCAACUCGCCCGCGCUCGAGGCGGGCCUGCUCAACACGGACAUGGGCGGCAUGCUGGGCGGCAUGGCCUCGCAGAUGGGCCCGCUGGGCGCCAUGAUGGGCAGCAUGGGCAUGGGCGACGACGAUGAGGAGGAGGAGGUGCAGCCAGAGAAGAAGGAAGAGGAGAAGGUGGUGCACGCGCCAGGAAGGAGACAGCGCAAGAAGAUGGUUCGCGUGGGCCGCUAGAGCAGCGCUGGCAUCAGUCGAACAGUCAAUGGCAAGGAUGGCG